AUGCCUCCAAAACGACGGGCUACUGAUGACGAUGAUGACGGCGAGCAAGACGAGUAUGAGGACACUCCGGCACGCACGCAGACCCAGCGCCGGUGGAGUGCCACACCCGAGUCUGAAAAUGAAUACCAACCUGGCGGGCACCUGCAGACCUCUGUGUCGAUAAACGUGAUGGUGAAGAAGCUGGUUCGGCUGGCUUUAGCUAGCGAAUACUCACGCCAACCCAUUCGCAGAGCAGAUAUAUCCGCCAAAGUUCUAGGUGAUGGUGGAUCGCGACACUUUAAACUUGUCUUUCUCGAUGCACAGAAGACCUUGAAGGAGGUAUUUGGCAUGCAGAUGGUUGAGCAACCAGGCAAGGAAAAGGUGACAAUUAGCCAGAGAAGGGCACCUGAUUCCUCCACCGAAAGCUCAUAUAUUGCAAUAUAUACCUUUAUUAUAUCAUUGAUCAUGCUAUCAGGUGGAUCAAUAUCAGAAGACAGGCUAAACAGACACCUUCGCCGUGUCAAUGCAGACUAUCAUACGCCGCUUGAUAAGACAGACAAACUACUUGCUCGACUAUGUAAGGAAGGAUAUCUGCUCAAGGUACGUGAUUCAGAUACGGGUGAAGAGGUGAUUGAAUAUUUCGUCGGCCCGAGAGGUAAAAUAGAGGUUGGCGUGGCUGGGGUAUCAGGUAUGGCAAAGGAAGUAUUUGGCAUAGUACAAGGAGGCGAAGGCGAUGAAGAUAGCGAGCAGUUCGAAAAGAGGUUGAAAAGAAGCCUGGGCAUUAGGGAGAAUAAUGCUCCAGAGGAAGAAAAUGCAGAGCCCGAGGCACCACGAAGGAGAGGCCGUAGGGAUGAUGAUGACUCUGAUUGA